ACACCACCGACAUUGGUAAACGUAUUGAGUUACUGUUCACCAAUAUAUACAACCGGUCACGUUAUUCUAAGCAAAUAUGUGUAUUGUGAACAGCACAACGGACCUUAAAACAUUUCGGUAUGUGGUUCACGUACCGGCGUUCAUCCUGGGCCUGAUUAUUAAUUUGGUUGCACUCUGGAUACUCUGCACCAGAAUACGGAAGUUGAUCGAAUCUACAAUCUACAUGAUUAAUCUGAUUUUUUCUGACAUAUUUCUGCUUUUCUCUCUGCCUUUCAAAAUCCAUGCUGAGCAGAUGAAUGGAGAUGAAUGGCACCUGGGACUAAUGUUCUGUAAGUUUGUGGAGUCCCUGUACUUUGUGAACACCUAUGGGACGAUCCUGUUAAUAACGCUGAUCUCACUGGAUCGCUACAUCGCUAUCAAACAUCCCUUUCUGGCACAAAUGCUCAGGUCACCAAAAAAAGCCGUCAUCGCCUGCACUGUGAUGUGGGUUUGUAUCUGGUCAGCAAGCAUUCCAAAUUACAUCCAAGCUGAAAACAAUCAGACAAUGAAAAAGUGUUUUGCAAAAUUUGAUGCAUUUUGGGAAAACGGUGCCAUUCCUGUGAGUAUGGAAGUUAUCUUUUUAAUUUCUGCAGUUACUGUGUCUUUCUGUAGUAUUCAGAUCAUCAGAACAUUACGAAGAGUACAUGAAGAGAGAGAUGAUGUGAACAUGAGACUUUCUAUGAAUAUUAUUACUUCAAAUCUGGUAACCUUCCUUUUCUGCUUUACACCUUGUCACAUAGCCAUACUAUUGUACUUCUUAGCAAAGCAGUACUGUUGGAAGGAAUACUUGGACCAUCUACGAGGCUUUCUCCAGAUCACACAGUGUUUGGCCAUUGUUAACUGUUGCCUGGAUGGAAUGUACUACUAUCUGAUCAUUAAGGAAUUUUGGAAAUCCAAAAUAACGAGAAGAAAUAAUCUGAGACAACAAGCUACCCAAAAUGUAAAGAUUUAUUUCUUUAGGAUUUUUAUGAGCAGCCCGGAAGAGAUAUUAAGAUUCGACACAGUCACUUUAAUAAGAGACUUAGGUUCAACGUGA